CGGAGGCGCGCAGGGCGGUGGCAGCCGCGGGGGCGCGCAUGACGGGGGCUGCCAGUGGGACGGGGGCUCCCACCGGGACUUCGUCGUGGGUGUGUGUAGAGGACUGUGUGUGUUUGUCCCUGGUUUAAUUCUUUGCUUUGGUUGUGGUGGUUUUUGUGAAUUAGGAAAUAGAACUUUUGAAGGUUUGGGAAGGAGCGCGACUGCUGGGAACGGCAGGUGAAGCUCAGCCGACUUAGAAAUGGCGUCACAAGAGGAAAUACAAGCUCAGCCCUUUACAGACAUCUUUGAUGAAGAUGAAGCUGAAAGAUCUUUUCUGUUGUCCAAGCCUACUUGCAUAAUUGUCUUUGGAAAGCCAGGUUCUGGAAAGAAAACGUUAGCUAGAAAACUAGCACAGAGGUGGAACUCCAUUUUCAUAGAAGCUUCAGAAGUAAUUCAGACGAAUAUUCAACAAGGAACAGAAUAUGGACUUAAGUGUCAAGAAUUGCUUUGUCAAGGUCAAAGCGUUCCUGAGGAACUGGUUACAGAAAUGAUUCUGCAAAAGAUUGAAUCCCCAGAAGUUGCUCAUUUUGGUUAUGUUCUCACUGGAUUUCCUUCUCUCUCGGAGGAAUACAUGACUGUUCCACAGCAAAUAGAGAAAAUAAUGAAUCUAAAAUUAAAACCGGAUGUCCUGAUUAACAUUAAGUGUCCAGAUUAUGAGUUACGCCAAAGAAUAUCAGGACAAAGACAAAACCCUGAUUCAGGGGAAAUAUUUCAGAGGAGCCAAUGGGAUCUUGAAGUUACUGGCAAACGUAAGAAAGAGAAAGAUCAGGAUGGAGAAGAGGAUGAAGAGCAGAAUGAAGAGGAAGAAGAAGAUGAGACUGGAGAAGAUCCACGUAAGAAAUUACAACCUGUUCAUCACUUAGUGCAGAGGCCUGAAGAUUUUCUUGAAAAUGCAGAAAAAAGAAUUGGAAUACACAAGGAUAUAAUGCUUACUCCUUUAAAAGAAUUUUUGACUGAGCAGGAUUGUCGGUAUCUUAUUGAAGUAGAUGGAACUCAGCAACCAGAUCUUGUCUUUGAGGCAGUGGUAGGCCGACUUCAGUCUAUGGACAUUCAAAAUGCAGCUCCUAUAAUCAGACUUCAAAGUGAAGGAGAAGAAGAAGACACACUGGAGGGAAAGCAAAAUGAUGAACUUUUCCGGGCUCUGUCAUCGUACAAGCUGAUAGCACCCAGAUACCGAUGGCGCAGGAGCAGGUGGGGACAAGUGUGUCCUGUGGCUCUAAAGGAAGGGGACAUUGUAAUGGGAAACCCAGAGUUUGCUGUUAGUUUUCUAGGUAAAAUGUACAUACUGUCAUCCGAAGAGGCAUUGAAAAAAUUUAUGUUGAAUCCACGGCCUUACCUCUUACCUCCAAUGCCAGUUUCUCCUUGUAAAGUGUUUGUAUUUGGUCCUCCCUUGUCUGGAAGAACAACUCUUUGUAAUGUAAUUGCACACAACUAUAAAGGAACGAUUCUUGAUAUGGACAAACUCAUUCAACCAUAUAAAGAAUUAAGAGAAAAAGAAACUCAGAAAUUGCUAAAGGAUGCAGUAGAAAAGGCUAUAGAAGCAGUGAAAAAUAGAGUGGAAUCAGAAAAACAAUCAGAAGAAUCCAAAAGAUUGGAAUCAGAGGAAUCCAAAAGACUGGAAUCAGAAGAACCAUCAGAAGAACAGUCAGAAGAAUCCAAAAGAUUGGAAUCAGAAGAACAAUCAGAAGAAUCCAAAAGACUGGAGUCAGAAGAACCAUCAGAAGAACAAUCAGAAGAAUCCAAAAGAUUGGAAUCAGAAGAACAAUCAGAAGAAUCCGAAAGAUUGGAAUCAGAAGAACCAUCAGAAGAACAAUCAGAAGAACAAUCAGAAGAAUCCAAAAGAUUGGAAUUAGAAGAACAAUCAGAAGAAUCAGGAAUACAAGAGAUAAAUGCUGACCACCCAGAAGUUCAAGCCAUGGUAGAAGAAGCCAUGAGAAAUGCAUCACUCUCUGAAGUUCCGACCCCUGAAAUAUAUGCUGAAGUACUGGAGGGAGCUAUUGCAGAGCUUAUGAAGACGAACAAAGACAGGUUUCCUGGUGCUUCAGAAAGAGGAGGGUGGGUAGUGGAUAAUUACCCUCUGUCAGCAGACCACUGGUCAGCUUUAUCAGAGAAAGGACUUCUGCAUGACACUGUUGUCUGUCUGAAGGAUACACAAAAAGAUGGAGCCUGUAUACUACACAGAGCAUACCUAGCAAGUAGGAAUGAAAAUAAUUUUGAGAUUUUGGAAAGACCAACAGAUGAAGCAUUAGAUGAAGAAACACUGAAGAAAGAAGAUAAUACAAGAGAAGAAAUGGAAGAAACACUGAUGUCAGAGGAAGAUCAAUCUUCAGCUGCUGAUGAGGAGAAAGGUGAAGAACUCAUGCAGCCUGAGUUUGGAGAGGAUGAUUUUCCGUAUACAGAAGAAACGGAAACAAUUAAAACAAAGAUUGACCUUUUCAUGAAUGAUUGGAAAAAAGUGGAAUCAGAAAUCACGAGGUCAUCUCCAGUUCAGGUUGUUGUUUUAGAGAUUGCUGAGCAAACACCAGAAAGUCUGCUUAAUAAAACUGUGCAUGUUAUGGAAAAACCUUUUAAAUAUUAUGGCUGGGAAUUAUCUGAUGAAGACUUAGAGGAGGAAGCACAAGAUCUGGCUGCGGAAGAGGAAAAUGCGGAAGAAGAAGAGGAAGGUGAAGAAGAAGAAGAGGAAGAGGAAGGGAAAGGAAAGGAAGAACAGGAAGAAGAUGAAGAAACAGUUAAGCAAAAGAAAAGGCUCAUGGGAGACACAAACCACUUUUGUCCAGUCAGUCUGAAAGAAAACUUUGUCCUCUGCCCUGGACUCCAGAAAUAUGCAGCUAAAUAUAAAGAAAAGAUUUAUUACUUUUCAACUUCUGAGUACAGAGAUAAAUUUUUGGAGAACCCUGAGGCGUAUGUGGCUCACAAUGAACCACUACAAGCUCCUCCUUUACGGGUGUGUUUACUUGGGAUUCAUGGAGCAGGUAAAACUACUUGUGCACAACAGAUAGCAGACAAAUUAGGCAUUUUCCAUAUUCAGUUUGAAGAAUAUCUACAGGAAUUGAUUUUACCCAAAACUAAAAGGAAAGUUGGGCCCUCUUAUGAUGAAGAUCAUGAAGAUGACAACGAAAUACCAGAGGAACUGGAAGACUUCUCUCAGACCAUGACUAAAACUGAAACAGAAGAAAGCAAACAGGAAGUGGAAUUAACUGAUGAGGAAGAGGCAAUCAAAGCAAAUCUAGUGGGUGAUACGGAACUACCUCCAGAAGUCCUUGAUAAGAUUGUUCCUGACUGGUGGAAGAAAGAGCCAUUCCGAUCCACAGGCUUUAUACUGGAUGGCUUCCCUCGUACUUCAGAUGAAGCCAGAUAUUUGUCAGAACAAGGACUCUGUCCUGAUAUUGUAGUUUAUAUUCAAGUAGAGGAAGAUGACAUUCUUAACCGUCUUUUUCCUCCACGUCUGAAAAAAUGGAAAGACAGACGACGUAAAAAAAAGGAAUAUAAAAAGAAGCUGAAGGAACUAAAAGCAAAAAGAAAGAAGGAGAAGAUUGCCAGAAGAAGGGAAGAACUUCUGGCAGAGCAACAAAAAAAGAAGCAGGAGGCUUUAGCAAAAAAGGGUAAUGAUGAAGCUACUGAGGAGGAGGAGGAGGAUGAGAAUGAAGAUAUUGAAGCUAUACUUGCAGAAGAGUUUGGAGAAGAAGAAGAAGAAGAAGAGGAAGAACCAGAAGAAGAAGAAAAUGAAGAAGAUGCUGUUGAGCGCAUGCAAAAUGAAAUUUCAGAGAAGUUUGAAUCAGAAGUAGAAAUAUUACAAAGUGUGCAGGAAGAACUUGAAACGUUAUCAAUACCACCACUUGAGGUCAAUGGAGGACGGAAGCCUCACAUUGUGUGCUACCAAAUAUACAGCAAGCUCAAACCUCUAGUGGAAAACCGCAGGAGCAUUUUUGAGAAAUGUUACCCAAUAAGUUUGCCACUUGCACAGAAGAUGCUAGCUUUCUCGUAUAAAUUACUAAGUUCUUUUGGUCAAUGGGACCCAGUCAAGUUAAGCCAAGGAGAUGUGAUCAAGCCACAGCAAAGGCAGAGAAGUGAAGUCUUUCCAGUAAUCCAUCGACAAUAUAUUUAUUUCUUUUCAAGUAAAGAAAAUAAAGAAACAUUUAUGACAAAUCCCAUCAAGUAUAUUUGUCAGCCAAAACCUAAGCUAUCUGUGCCAGUAAAGAUUGCGUUUGUGGGACUUCCAAAAUCUGGAAAGACUACAGUUGCCCAGAGACUUGCGAGUGUUUAUGGGUUCCUGCGCCUGUCCUUAGGAGAUGCCAUCCGGUUUGUGAUAAACAACCAGCCAGAGAGUGAGCUGGCACUUGAGGUACAGUCACACCUUCUCCAGGGACUCACCGUACCUGAUGAAUUGGCCAUCCAGGCUCUAGAUGUGGCUCUGCUAAAUCACAUGGAGAAUGCCACUGGAGUUAUAAUUGAUGGAUAUCCUCUAACAAGAAAACACGUCAAUCUCUUGGAAUCAGCUAAGAUAAUUCCAGUGAAAAUCUUUGAAUUCGACAUGGAUACAGAGGAAGUGUUCAGAAGAGCACUGUUGGAUAAGGAAAGCACAGACCGACCUCCCUAUCCUGAACAUGACAGCCCACAGAUUCUAGCUAUUAAACAUUCCUGCUAUAAAGAGCACAUUGAUGAUAUUAGAACUUACUGUAUGAAGGAAUAUCAGAACUGGUGUGUGAUCAAUGCCAAUCAUAGCAAAUGGAGGGUCUGGAACACUGUUCUGCAGGAAGUUCAGAUGGUUGUUAAACAAAUGCAGAUAUACCUGGAAAGAAAAAAAGAAGGAAAAGCAGCCAGCAUUGCUUAUUUAUGUGUCACUCCCAAGGAACUGCAGGAUCAGCUGGGGGAGUGUGGACAGUACUGUCCUGUCAGCCUUACAGAGAAAGGUGAACUGAUUGACUGCUCUGUAACCCCCUCACUGGAGUUUGCUGCAGAAUUUCAAGGGCGCUAUUACAAAAUGGCUUCACAGCAAGAACUGCAAAAAUUCUUGAGCAGACCAGAGGUUUAUGUAUCAUCACUGGCAUCUCACCCUCUCCCAGCCCUACAUAUGCUACCGAAGAAACUGACUGCAGCAGAAGUGGCAGCCUUAUUCCCUGUAAAGGCUGAAAUGCAGGGAUAUUGUCCAGUCACUUACCUAGAUGGAAAACAGAGAUAUGAAGCUUUGGUGCCUGGCAAUAUUGAGUAUGCAGCAAAAUACCAAGACAAGGUAUAUAUUUUUGAAAGUGAAGAAAAACUUGAGAAGUUUAUGAGGUUACCAGAGAAGUACUGGAAUCUGAAGCUUCCCUGUAAACUCCCUCCAAAAAAAGAGCCAAUGCUACUAACUACACUUCCUUUGGCUGGAUACCUUGAACAGGGAGUAGCAACUUCUCUAAUAAAAGCUCUGCAUGAAGUCAGCAGCCUUAAGCCAAAGUAUCCAUUCCUAAGCGUGAAAGAAACUGCUCUGCUUUUUGUCUCCUUCCAUCUAAAAGCAUACAACCCCCGGAGCUCGGAGCCGGUGCGGCAGAUGUACAGGAAGAAGCUGUUGCAGUUCGUGGAGCACUGCAAACUCAUCCCGUACCUGGGGACUGUCAUGAUGGGCCCGUAUAAGGAGCCAAGAGAUCGACCCCUUGGCUUUGAUGACAGGCUGGAGACUUUUCUUUCCCUGAAAGGCACCCGCCCCACUUUUGUGUGAACCCUGUAUUUCUACUGAUUAACACAUAGAGUGUUCAUCAGGCACCAGCAUGGAUGCAACAUGGCCUGUGAACAUCACGCGUUCUCAGGCCAGUUUUUUAACUAUGAAAUCUUAGAAAUAAAAUCUUUUGUCUGAA